AAAUCUUGGCGGGAGAAUCAGGGCCCAUAAAAAACAUAGGCCCAAGGGAAGCCCAAAAACACACUUUUAAGCUUACCGCCAAAUCAGAUGACGAUCAAAGCAAUGUGUUCAUCGAAGUCUCAGAACCCUAAAGAAUGGAGGUUCACAUGGGAAGCUCAAUCUCACAUCCCAACCAUCAGAUUAUAUCUCUUCAACCCCCACAUCAAACCCGCAUCCGAUUGCGCCCAUCUGCGAGUCGGCACAAGCUUGGAACAGUAUGUGCUCACUGUAAGCUUCAAUGGAAAUGAAGCUGAAUCUCCAGUCGAGAUCUCCCUCAGGGUGCCCAUUCCUAGGGUUUUGGUCGACUUCGAGUCUCCGGUGCAUUCUAGACUUCUCGAUGAUCACAUUGAAGUCAAGCUCGGUCUUCUCCUUCCCGUUGAUCAUCCACUCGGUUCUAAUUUUGACUCUGUGCUGAAUUCACUUAAAAAAGAUGAAUGCGGUAAUGAAAUUUUGGCAUCAGAUGGGGUUAAUCCACUAUCUGCUUGUUUAGAUCUACAACGACUAUCUGCUGCGGGUGAAGUGCACUUUUACUGCAGAAGUUGCUCAACAAAAUUGACCAGAGGUAUCAGAACGUUUAAGGAGAUGCCAUCUGUGCAUUGGAGAGAUGUUGCAGACAAUUGGUUUGGCACAUGUUGCUGCUCGUUUGGGGGUAUAAGUGAGAAGUUGGUACUGAAUUAUGCUAGAUCUUAUUUGUGUGCAGCAGGCUUGUGCUUAUUAAGUGAGUCUUCAGUUAUUAUAAGUGUUGAAGACAUUUUGGAGGGCAAACUCCCUAGUAGGAGCUCAACAAAAAAAUACGAUUCUGACAAAUCUGACCUGAAAUCAGAUGACAUCAAGUAUUUGAACAGAUUCACAUUUGGAAAUGUGAAUGAUCUACAGAAAACUCUCCACCAUGAAGAUCUUUGUGAGGGGGUGCAGGGAUUUAAAAACAGCCACUAUGUAAAUUGUUGCACUAUUGGUUCAUGUGAAAAUCCCUUGGGGCAGUGUGAGUCCUCUGUUGAUUUUGAACUCCCAGUGAAUCAGAAAAUAUUCCUGAAUGGUUAUCUUGGAGAUGUUUUCAUGGCGAGACCCUCCAAUCUUUCAAAAGAUAUUGAGUGGAUAGAGUUUUUUUGUCCCAAAUGUGCACAUCUUCUUGGAGCAUAUCCUAGCCGCAAUAGUCAUGUACCUUUGGAUGGUGGAGUUCGACUCUAUAAAUUCUACAUUUCAACGUCUUUGCCUGCCAAUGGAGUGCACGAUUUAUUUAGGAAUUAUACUUUUGAGAGGGUGUUCACUAGUCUGUUGCUGGGAAGUGCAAAAGAUGAGCUUUCAUUUAGGACUGUGGUUAGAGAUCUGCACAAUCAAUAUCAUUCCCUACAAAUUGUUCUCUUGAACCCAAAUACAUGGAGCCAUGCUGGAUUGUGUUUGCAUGCCAUAGAACCAGUUCCCAAGAUUAAUGUGUACCCGGCAAUCAAAGUCUUAUUUUCUCCCAACAUUAGUGACGUGCAGCUCGAGCCUAGGAACGUAGAAUGGGUAACAAAGAAGCAAGCUCAAGAGGUAUACCUGCUCCCUUCUCAAAUGAAAGAACUGAUUGAAUAUUUGGAGAAUGCGCACAAUACAUAUCCACCAUCACAUACUUUCUCACAUGGAUUCUCUGUGUCAUCCUUGAAGACAUGAAUGGUAAUGAACUUUUUAGUCUCUUAGACUCUUACCCAUUUUAUCUAGGGACCUAUCUCAAUUUGCCUAACAAACUUCAAGUAAAAAAAAACUAUUUGUCUUGUUUUUUCUGCUCGUAGUGUUGUAUUAUCCCAACUGUUGUCUUCUUGCAAGAAUGUUGCUAGAUCACAAAUAUAUUGAGAACCCAAAUACAAGAACCCACGUAGAUACAUGAUAUAUUGAUAUGGCCCGAAUGGCUGUUGCAUG